AUGGAAACUUUCACCAUCAAUGGUAACAUCAUAUCGGGAGAUGAGCCCAAAUCUGCGGAUGCCUCCAACACAAACUACAUAUAUGUUCAAGGGCGUGGUCCUAUAAAGCCCGUUCAGAAGCAGCAACUCCGUGCACAGCAAGUACAGUUCCAUGAGUAUCUUGGAGGGAAUGCCUACCUCUGUCGCUAUGAUCGGGAUGACUUGAAAGACAUUCAAGUGCUCGAUUUCGUCGCUCAGGCCAACGUGUAUCCCAGUCGCGCGAAGAUCUCGAGUUCUCUACGGGAAAUAAUGGAAGAAUCCCAGGGUACUUCCACUUAUACUAUAAACGUCAUCUUUCACGAGACAGAUAAGCCCGUCAAAGAGAUGAUCAAUGAAUUGAUCGAAGAAUUGACUCGCGAAAUACCCAAGCUAAAUGCCGAGGCUAUUUUUGUCGAUCACAACGCUAUGCGCCUGGAUAUCGACAAAGACACGAUCGAUUUCCUUAUUGCGGUUGAUUCCGUGAAGACGAUUGAAGCACACACAACGAUCAAGUUCACCAAUACUAUUGCAACACAAGAUAUGUACGCCCCAGCUAUGGACCAAAGGGGCAACCCCAGCUACCCGUAUGAGGGCCAGGACAUUGUUGUUGCCGUUGCGGACACGGGGUUCGACCUUGGAGAUAUGCACGACGUUCAUCCAGCCUUCCAAGGCAGAGUACUUCAUUUACAUGGCCGGCGCGAUGGCUCGACGGAUGACCCUCAUGGUCAUGGCACUCACGUGGCAGGAUCCAUUCUGGGGGACGGCCACUCUCAAGCUAUGGGGGGAAGGAUUAGGGGCACGGCUCCCAAAGCAAACCUCGUCAUGCACUCGCUUCUCGCCUACGACCAAGACGGAGCACCAUAUUUAGACGACUCUUUCAGCCUUUGGGAUGUCAUCGAAACGCCACACAGGGAUCAUCACGCUCGCAUCUCCAGCAAUUCCUGGGGUACCGGAAUGAAACAAGUUGGUUCAAACUACCAGCAGAUUGAAUAUGAUCACAAGGCCGAAACUGUUGACACAUUCAUAUGGGAGAAUCAAGAUCACGUCAUGGUGUUUCCUGCCGGCAAUGACGGUCUGAUUCCAAAUUCGAGGGGUAAGAGAGCCCAGAUCGGUUCGAUCAGUGCUGCGAAGAACUGCAUUACCGUAGGCGCCACUGAAUCCAGCAGGAGAAUCGACCAAGACGGCAUUAGAUUUGACCCGAAGGGGAGAAUGGGACUCAUGGAUAUCGUGGCACGCUUCAGCUCCCUGGGACCGACAGUUGAACAGCGGAACAAACCUGAUGUUGUCGCCCCUGGAGUCGCUAUCCUCAGCGCGGCAUCCCGACAUGGCGCCUUUACGACCCAACAGCGCACAGAGUACGGCGCUGUUGUGCUAUACUGCGCGAGGCUUUGGCCAAAACGCGUGGUAUUAGAGAUCCAAGUGCAGCGCUCAUCAAGGCACUGUUAA